AUGAAUUAAGAGUAUUGAUUUUCCUGAUCAGGGGUGUGAAGGGAAGCUAAGAGGUUUCUGAAGGAGUAUUCUGUGAAAGGGCAAGAAAUUUAGCUGAUAAAGCUCAUGCUAUAGCUGUGUUUGUUAUCAGCCCACUGUGUGAUUGGAAUGCUGGACGUAUUAAAGGUUCUGGUAAGACUGGUUUGGAAUCUAAGUACAGAAUUGCUACAUGUACUUGCUGCUGCAUAUGGGCCAUUUUGAUUUAAAAUUUGAAAUUUGAAGAGAAAUGGAUUUCAGUGCUGUUCCAUUUAUCCAGUAAACAAGUGGAUUCCCAGUGUAUAUAUUGCCAGGUAGCAUACCUGUAGUUGCCAAACAAGAUGAGUGCCAAAGCUCAAGUUGCCAUAUCAGACACAGAGACAUGGGAGAAAGACAAAAGGUUCACAGUAUACAAGGUACUAGUCAGUGUAGGAGGCAAAAAAUGGUUCAUCUUCAGAAGAUAUGCAGAAUUUAAUGCUCUUUAUGAUAAGUUGAAGAAAAUAUUCCCCAAAGCUGGCCUUAAACUCCCGGGAAAGAAAAUAUUUGGAAACAAUUUGGCUCCAGAUUUUGUCAAGCAGAGACGUGAAGGUCUGCACUCCUUUGUACAGAAGCUGGUUUCUGACCCAAAGAUUUGCCACCAUCCUGAGGUCAAACUGUUCCUGUCUCUGGACAACCCCAAAACACAAGGAAGUAAAGAAGAAGACGAGGAUAUAAAUGAAAAUGGAGAUGGAUUGACUGACAAAGAUGCCAACCCUGUGAAUUUAGGUCCAUCAGAAAGAACAGGUGUACGACCAAGCGACUUUGAAUUCCUGAAAGUUAUUGGGAAAGGAAGUUUUGGAAAGGUUUUGCUGGCAAAACACAAGACAGAAAGCACAAUAUUUGCAGUGAAGGUUUUACAAAAACAAGCAAUAAUGAAAAGGAAUGAAGUUAAACACAUCAUGGCGGAAAGGAAUGUCUUAUUGAAAAACAUAAAGCACCCAUUUUUGGUUGGACUACAUUAUUCCUUCCAGACCCCAGACAAGUUAUAUUUUGUGUUAGAUUAUGUCAAUGGUGGAGAGUUAUUCUUCCACCUACAAAAAGAAAGAUACUUUGCUGAACCGAGAGCCAAAUUCUAUGCCGCAGAGAUGGCUAGUGCCAUUGGUUACUUACACUCACUAAAUAUCAUAUACAGAGAUCUCAAGCCAGAAAAUAUCCUCCUAGAUUCUCAGGGUCACGUAGUUCUCACAGAUUUUGGGUUGUGCAAAGAAGGUAUUGAAGAAUAUGGAACAACAAGUACUUUUUGUGGAACUCCAGAGUACUUGGCUCCUGAAGUAUUACGGAAGCAGCCGUAUGACAAGACAGUGGAUUGGUGGUGCUUGGGUGCUGUGCUGUAUGAAAUGAUGUAUGGUCUGCCUCCUUUCUACAGCAGAGAUACAGCAGAAAUGUAUGACAAUAUCCUCUAUAAACCACUCAGAUUAAGGACCAAUGUUUCAUUCCAAGCAAGGCAAAUUCUAGAAGGGUUGUUGCAGAAAGACAAAUCAAUUCGCCUAGGUUGCAGACAAGACUUUCAAGAGAUCAAAUUUCACGAAUUCUUUGCCAGCAUUAACUGGGCAAAACUAGAUAGCAGGGGAAUCACUCCCCCGUAUAAUCCCAAUGUAUCCAAUGAGAUGGAUUUAAAACAUUUUGACCCAGAGUUUGUCCGUGAGCCAGUUCCAGCGUCAGUGGGGAAAUCGGCAGACAGCAGUGCUCUAAUCAGUGCCAGUGUACAGGAGACAGACGCUGUGUUUGAAGGGUUCACAUAUGUACCUCCAGCUUUUGAUGAGGACUGAGGAGGGUGGAAAGAAGACCACAGAUGCCAAACAUUUUGUUUAUCCUGUAACAUGGAGCAAAAUGUGUUGAGUUUAGGUUUAACAUUUUGGCAGUCUUACACAGCCUUGUCUAAGUUUCUGGAAUAAAAUCAGAGAAAAAACUAGUCAUAACAAUGGAAUUUUAAGAGAAGUAUUUUCUUAAUGAAAAAUAUGUGAUGUUAUACAUUGUGCAAGCAGUAUGGUAUGUGUACUCUGCACAAAGAAGCAUAUUUUAAUAGUUUUUUCUGUGAUGGUCAGAUGACACAGUCCCACUUUGUGAGAUCUUACUUAUAACAUGGUGAUCAGUAUGUUUGGUAAACAUGCUCAGCCAGGGGCAAUAGCUGCUCUGCUGGUUUUAUAAAGAGUUUUAGCUGAGAAUAGUUGAUCACAACUUUGAGUUGACAAAUUUGGGGAGUUUAAAUUCAAGAAUAAUUCACAUUAUUCCACUUGGGCAAAGUAAAUAUUGCUAUGAAGUACUAGUCAUGUAUUUCUUGUUAUUAAAUGAACAUGUUUCUUUUAAUUGUACUUCUUCUGACUCGUCUUGCAUCAAAUGUUUUUCUUAAAGUUAAGACCUAAUUUUGAGAAACAGGUCGCAAACGGAAUGAGCAUUUUUAUCUACAAGUACACUGAAAUGAAUUGUUUGAUUGAGAUCAGUAGCUUAUAACAGUAGUGCUUUAGCAGCUUUUAAUCAUUGGUUAGACAGAGAAAUGUUUCAUUUGAUCAGAGUGCCCAAAAGUUGUACUGCUCACAUUGUGAUAUAUUACCAAAGAAUGGUCAUGCAUCCUGUAGAUUGAUGAUAAAUGUGUUUAUGAUUAUUGUGAUAUGGCUGGCAUUAAGAAGGUUAGUGUUAGUGUUAACAUUAUUGUAGCCUAGCUUAUAAUAAGUAUAAAAUGAUAAUGCCCAGAUUUUAUGUGAUUUUUUGUAUCAUAUGAUGAUACUUAGCCCUGUGUUUAUUUUAAAAAAUUGAGCAUUUACGUGGACUGCAUACAAAGCAUGUAUAAGCAGUUAUAUUCAUAAAGGUGCUAAAUACAAUGUGAUUACCCCAACGUACGAUAAGAUAAUUUAAGGUGUUUUGUGUGGAAAUGUCCAGAUCUUGUUUUAAAUAAAAAAAAAAUAAUAAUAAAAAUUCACAUAUACAAUAAUGCAGUGUUUGUCAAAAUUUUUAUUAAGGGAGGAGAUUGGUUCAGAUACACACUCUGACAUGUAUAAGUAUUUUAAAUUUGAAUUUUUAUCAAGAAAUUGCUAAGUAAUCUGUUGAGUGAUAUUGUUUAUGGGAUGCUUUUACUUGAUAAGGCCAAGUUGACUGGUAAUAUAUUUAGACAAUCAUUAAUAAAUUUGCCUUAUUUUAUGAUAGAAAAAGGUAAAUGUAUAUUUUAAACAUUGUAGAGCUACUAGAACUUGAGAUAAAGUCUUGUUUGAAAUUUUAAGCACAUCUGAUAAGAUUACGCUUAUUGACACGAUUGUUUAUAAUGCUUCACCGUGUCUAAUAUUCUGACAAGGCUAUUUUCUAUUCCACAGAGAAAGAGCAGUAUAAAACAUAAAGAUGUUGUCAAGUUAAUGAAAUGAUUCCAGGUCACAAAUUUAAGGAAACUAUGCAAUAAAUUUAACUUCUAAUUUUG